AUGGCCCCCAGAACCCCAAGAUCCCCAUGGCAGGAGUCACUGACAUUCAAGGAUGUGACUGUGGACUUCACCCAGGAGGAGUGGGGCCUCUUGGACCAUUCUCAGAAAGGGCUCUACAAGGAGGUGAUGCUAGAAAACUCCCAGAACCUGCUCUCCCUGGGAAUUCCAGUUCUCAGAGAAGAUUUUAUGUCUCAUUUUGAAAAAAGGGAAGUAUCAUGGAUCCUGGAUCAAAUAGGCCCAAGGAACUUCUGUCCAGAUGCAGAAACCAGUUUUGAAGUGGAGAAUACUGCAAAGCUAAGCAUUUCACUGGAAGAAUCUUGCCAGCAAAGAUUCACAAGUGAUGAUCCCCGUGACUUCAAUUUGAAAGAAAUCUGUGACUCAGAUAUCAAGAUAGAGAAAAAUCAACAUAAUCCCUUUGAAUUUGAUAAAGAUGAAAAGGGUUCCAGACAAUAUUCAGUCCUAAUUCAGUGUAAUAAAAUUACCUCAGAAAAUGAGUGUUUUAAGUAUGCUGACAAUAGAGAAUGCUUUACUGAAAAGUCUGGACUUACUCAGUCUGAUGAGAAGCAUCCUAAAAUACAAAUGUUUCAAAAUAAUCAACAGGAAAUGGCCAUUAGCUUAAGUUCAAACCUCAUUAGACAUCAGAAAGGUUAUAGUAGAGAGAUGCUUUAUGUAGGAAAUAAAGGUGGGAAGGCCUUCAGCCAGAACUCAAAGCUCAUUGACCAUCAUAAAAUUUACACGGCAGGGAAACUUUAUGAAUGUAAUCAAUGUGGAAAGACUUUCACAAAUAGAUCCAGUCUUGCUGUACAUCAGAGAAUCCACACUGGAGAGAAACCUUAUGAUUGCGAUCAAUGUGGGAAAACUUUCAGAACAAGAUCAAGUCUUAGUGAACAUCAAAGAAUUCACACUGGAGAGAAACCUUAUAAAUGUAAUCAAUGUGGAAAGACUUUCAGACAGAGCUCCAGUCUUUAUCUUCAUCAGAGAAUCCACACUGGAGAAAAAACUUAUGAAUGUAAUCAAUGUGAAAAGACUUUCACAAAAAGUUCCACUCUUGCUGCCCAUCAGAGAAUCCACACUGGAGAGAAACUUUAUGAAUGUAAUCAAUGUGGAAAGGCUUUCACAGAGAAGGCCUAUCUUGUUCGACAUCAGGGAAUCCACACUGGAGAGAAACCUUAUAAAUGUCAUCAAUGUGGAAAGACUUUCAGAUACAGCUCCAGUCUUCCUCUUCAUCAGAGAAUCCACACUGGAGAGAAACCUGAUGAAUGUAAUCAGUCCAUUGGAGGCCUGGCAGGCUCCCGGGGCCUCGGGGGUGGGGUGGAGCCGCAGAGCACCGGAGGCAGAGAUCCUCCGGGCUCCGGAAGCAAGCUUCCAGUGCACAUGAAAGACAUCGGGGGUCCAAGCCAGUCCCCGCGCCACCCUGCCUCCGCCGGCGGCCUCCUUCCUCUCGGAGCUCUAGGGGUCCCACAGCCUGACUUCCAGGCUUCGCUCGGACCCGGAGUCCCGGAGCUUGUUUCCUCCGUGGGGGAUGGGAAGUCCCUUCCUGCCUCGGGGGUGUCUGCCAGCCCCCCGCCUGGGCGUGAGGGCAGAGACGUCUACCCCGGAUCCUUCUCCCUCCCCUGA